AAGUAUACUUAAGUCCAUAAGAAUGCGUGUCUUUAUAUCUAAUUACAAGAAUUGGAAACUAAUCAACAUUUGGCAAUGGGAGUGGGAGUGAUAGCGAAGAAGCUGAGCAAAUUAAUCGGAGCUCGAGGGGUCAAGAGACUAGGAGGUACCACCACUCCAUUGCCACCUAAAGGUUAUGUUCCUAUUUGCGUAGGGUUUAACAAUGAUACCAGGAGAUUCAUUGUUCAUACAAAAGCAUUUGGUGAGGCAGAGUUCUUGGAGCUUCUGUAUAGAUCAGCUGAAGAAUAUGGUUUCGAUAACGAAGGAAUUCUGAGGAUUGCAUAUGAAGCAAGGGAUUUCGAGGAGUGGAUGAUCACUAGGGCUAAGGGAAAGGUUAUUCCGGUUAAAUCCGUCUAAUAUAUAUCGCCGCCGGCAACUAUUUUGUUCGUCGGGGAUAGAUGAAUGGUGUUAUUAUGGGCUGUAAAUGGCUCGAUGGCUUCUUCAGCUAGGGAAGCACUGCUCUGAGAUUGUGUGCAUAGAUUCCUUCUGUGUUCAUGUAUGCAUUUACUAAUUUUCAAGCAUUAUCAUUGCAGGAUUUUUGGUCUUGCUUUUAUUUUGACUUUCGGUUAGAUUGAUAGAAUUAACCUUCACAUGAGAGCAAUACUGAGCAAGGAGCUGGACAAGAACUGGCAAUUUGCCGUCGUCCCCAGGUUUAGGCUUUUAGGUGAUUUGACGAACAUUUGCCUAAUUGAUACAGCAGAGUUAGGUGAUUUGGUGAUAAUCACCAUAUAUCCUGGAUGACUAGAUACAGGCUAGCAAAGAGCAAAAUCUUGGCCCUGAAUUGGGCGAGGAUAAUUUGUGGGUCUUUUUUAAAAAAAAAAGAAUGGUGUUGUUGUUCGUUUUGAAUUACCAAUGCAUAAUUUAUGAAUAGUUUAUUUUCUUUGUAAGCA